GUAAAGAGGUUAUGUAAAAGGCUCAGCUGGCGCGAACACGUGGAAAGCCAAGGGAACCUGGAAGCCCGGGCCUCCCCCGCGAGUGUAGCUGCCACCACCCUUGCAGCACCACGGCCUGACGCUCGUCCGGCCGGGGCCAACUCGUCCCGCGCCAGUCGGUCCCGGAGGCACCUCGGGCUUGGAGUGGACCAUUUCCCGGCGCGGGCUCCAGGGGGGAAAAGCGCCGCCCGGAAGUGGAGCAGCGCCGGCCAGGUCACAAUCCAAGGUCCCGCUCCUCCGCGUGCCGGGGCCGGACGAAGGGAUGAGGCAGGGCGGACAAGGGCAGCACCGUUGCUGCUCCCCCCGCCGCCCGUCAGCAGCGGGUCUGCGCCGCCCCGCUACAGCCUGUUGGCGGAGAUCGGGCGCGGCAGUUACGGUGUGGUUUACGAGGCUGUAGCGGGGCGCAGCGGGGCCCGGGUGGCGGUCAAGAAGAUCCGUUGUGACGCCCCGGAGAACGUGGAGCUGGCGCUGGCCGAAUUUUGGGCCCUGACAAGCCUCAAGCGGCGCCACCAGAACGUCGUACAGUUUGAGGAGUGCGUCCUGCAGCGCAACGGGCUUGCCCAGCGCAUGAGCCAUGGCAACAAGAGUUCUCAGCUUUACCUGCGCCUGGUGGAGACCUCGCUCAAAGGAGAAAGGAUCCUGGGCUAUGCUGAAGAGCCCUGCUAUCUCUGGUUUGUCAUGGAGUUCUGUGAAGGUGGAGACCUGAAUCAGUACGUCUUGUCCCGGCGGCCAGACCCAGCCACCAACAAAAGCUUCAUGCUACAGCUCACGAGCGCCAUUGCCUUCCUGCACAAAAACCACAUUGUGCACAGGGACCUAAAGCCAGACAACAUCCUCAUCACAGAGCGGUCGGGCACCCCCAUCCUCAAAGUGGCAGACUUUGGACUGAGCAAAGUCUGUGCUGGGCUGGCACCUCGAGGCAAAGAGGGCAAUCAAGACAACAAAAAUGUGAAUGUGAAUAAAUACUGGCUGUCGUCAGCCUGUGGCUCAGACUUCUACAUGGCCCCUGAAGUCUGGGAGGGACACUACACAGCCAAGGCAGACAUCUUUGCCCUGGGCAUUAUCAUUUGGGCAAUGAUAGAAAGGAUCACUUUCAUAGACUCUGAGACCAAGAAGGAGCUCCUGGGGACCUACAUUAAACAGGGAACUGAGAUCGUCCCUGUUGGUGAGGCGCUGCUAGAAAACCCAAAGAUGGAGUUGCACAUCCCCCAGAAACGUAGGACUUCCAUGUCUGAGGGGAUCAAGCAGCUCUUGAAAGAUAUGUUGGCUGCUAACCCACAGGACCGGCCUGAUGCCUUUGAACUUGAAACCAGAAUGGACCGGGUCACAUGUGCUGCUUAAAAUUCAGGGCUGAACAUCUUGGGUGUUUUAAAACUAGGUCGAUCCCCCGGGACCCACAGUCUCAUCGUGUCUCACAAAGGACAGCAGAGGUACAGGUGGUGGCCUGACUGGUUGGUGAUCUUCCGACAGCUGGAUCUCCGACAAUGUGAAGCUUUUGUUUGGGUCCUCUACCCUCCCAUACACACACACACACUUUUAGUUUUGUCUUUUCUUAUUCUUUUUUAAUUUAAACCUUACAGACUUCCAAAGAGCAGAAAGCUAUGCUCUUAACAGGCACCGUUUCUUUAAGGAAAUUCAGUGUGGACAAAGCAUAUAUGUAAAUUUCUCUGUUGAUUUUUACAAGGGGUUAGGGAGCAGUUUUGGUUUUGUCCUUCAUUUUCCUUCUGUCUUCCUCCUUCUAUACGUCUUUUAGUUCUGCUUACAGAAUCUCACUUCCCAGAAAAGACCUGUUACCCCAGAAAGAAUUUGGGGGUUUCUCCUGGCAUGGGACAUGAAGACAUGUGGGAACUGCUGGACUCCUUGGAGGGCCGGUCCUAGCCAUCCCUUGGGCCUUGGACAGCAUCAGAGGCAUAGAACCACCAGGAAGAAGACAACUAGGGUUUGGCCAGGAGGAUUCCAGAAGGAGGCAGAAAUGCCAGUUUGGUUCUCUUGAAGCUGCUGGCGGCCCCAGGCCACAGCAGGACUCAGCAAUGGGAAGUGGUCCUCUCUUCUGCCCUCUGUACCUUUGCACCUGAGGGAGGAGGUAGAGUGUGACCAUCCCCCACCCCAGCUCCACAGGCCUACCUUCCAUGAGGACUGUUGUGCCAAACCUCUGCCUAGGUCACACAGAGUCUUGGGCACCAGCACCACCGAGAAGGAAGCACCCUCACCUCCUGCUUCCUGGACCAUUGUCUUCCCAGUGUGCCCUCAGAUGACCCUGCUGUGGCAGACAGCAGUUUUUCCUAAACUGGCCACUGCCAUCGUCUCCUCACAGCGGAGGUUAUGCCCUGUGUGCAGGGUCCACAGUGUCACAUCAGUAACAGACACUAUCAUCCAUCUCCCUUACCCCAGGGACUUUAUAUUAGGUGCCCACCCACAACAUAAAUGUAUCUAAUGGGAAGAAAAGGGCCCGCCCUAAGUAGGAUGGUUCAGGCCACACAGAGUCCUGGAGGCUGUUAGGGACCUGUUUGGGGGUCCUUGCCACUUCAAAUCAUCUUGGCCAUGACCCCUGCAACCCCACCACCGAUAUCUGUGUACAGCCACCCUUCCUUCCACUGACAGCACUCUUGUAGCCUUCUCCUGGGCUGCCGUGUUAGCCUAUAUCUGGAUGUUCUCCCAGCUGCUCCAGAUUUUUUCCAGGUUUUUCACCCCGUUCUGGCCAAGUGCAUUGGGGGCACUAGAGAAGGGAAAAGGAAUGGUUUGUGUUCAUUUUUGUUCUUUGUUUUACCUAAGCAAACAUAUGACUGAUGGGAAGGUGGUUAGAGGGUAUUUCGGUUAGCAUGUGACCAAGGGGAGAGGUCCUCCCAGGCAGCAGUCCUGUAGUCCUGAGAGUGUGGGAGACACCAGCCCAACAUCACACCCCAUUUGGCCGUUCCCAUUCCAGCCUUCUCAGGCCCGAAGCACCAAGGCUGUCCCCUCCUCUUGGGUAGAUGGCUGCCGCCAGGCUGCGAGUAAUAACAGCCCUUCCCUUCCUAGGCUGUGACACACCGUGAUGCCUGUCUCUUGUCUCUGACUUCUCAGGCAGCCCCCUGAGUAUACUGAGUUGUAGCUAGGAGGGUUUGGGCAGCAGUGUUCCCUAAUUGUACUGUGUGUUCCUGUUUGACACCACUGACCUGUCCUCUGUUGGGGCAGCUGUCUAUAUACUGAGCAUAUGGAAAAAACAGUUCCCAAACUUGGUGUCCCCAACACUUCCUGGUUGCCACCAAGCUGUAGAAUCCCUGGGGAGGGCUUGGGCCUAACAAGUCAUCUGCUUUUUGCCUCUCACUUUCUCCUGUUCUGCCCAGUUUCUAAGCUUUGUCUGAAUAAGGUCUUCAGGCUGUAAUGCUUCCCCUUGGUACAUCCUGCAGGUCUUGGUGGGCAGCCUGGUUAAGGGGAGUCUCUUCCUGCACUCUUACCCCCUGCCACUCCCAGCCUGCUCCUGCUAGGUAGCAGGACCUCUUGCCUAGCUCAAGGGAGGGCAGCUCUUUAGCCCCAGGUGCCUGUCCCUCUUCUCUUCCCCUUCUCUCUACUCUCCACUACAGGCACCUAGCCAGCCAGGUGGAACCUGGUUCUCCACACAGCUGGCUCUACAUGGUCAGAGGGUCAUCCUUGGGUCAGCCACUCUUCUUCCUCCCCUGCUGGAAUCACCUUCCCUUUCUGUUUCUUCCUCUUCCUGCCUCUGCCUGCCUGCCACUCCGUGGGACUCUCAGCACCACCAAGUUUGUUAGACCUGCCCAAGUGUUAGGAGUUAGCGAACCUUGUGACAGCAGUUGAUCGUUUUCUUCUCCUUGGGUCUGUGAAAAGGAUGUCUUGCUGGAGGGACUGCUUGGUCCUUGGGCCACGUGGGUGCAUCAGAGAGAGGAAGCUGUGGAACAGAUCAUAGUGCCUUAUUCCAUUGUCUCCCGACCAUACCUCCUAACUCAGCUGGAGGUGGGGCUUCCUUCUCCCUGUCUGUCCACCUGUCACUUGCA